UUUUUAAAGUACUAAUGGAGAAAUUAGUUGGACUUCUCAGCGAAGCAGCUGAUCAGAUGAAUGGCAAGGACACUUCAGAUUAUGGAGACCUUCUCACCCUUGAUACUAAAUUUGUACUCAACCAUGCUAGCGAAGAUGGAAUCGGAAUCAAAGGGCAGUUACUGUUUGCAGGACCAACUCUCCAAGAUAUUAGAGACCAAGGAUCUCAACUUUGGGAAGAUAAAGAUAGUGAUGACCUUUUCUUUGUAAUAGCAAUCAAGACUAAGGGAGAUCCUCAAGAGACUAUUGAUGGAAUUAAACAGAUCAUCCAAGACUUUGGAAUUCCCAUUGAAGAAAUGGCAUCCCAAUUCGGAGAUCUCAAAUUCCAUGCUGGAGAUGGAGAGGCAUUGAUUGGGUUCAAAGCUCAAGAUAAUCCAUACACUGAGAUGUUGAAUAAGGUCCUUCUUCAAUCUAAAGUGUUUGGAGAUGGAAGCACUGAUGUAGAAGGCUCCUUCUCUAUCCAUCUUGGAAGUACAUUCAAUGAUAUGCUUGAUGAUGCUCCGCUCUUCAAGCAUUUAGCCAAAUCUUUGCUCAUUGAGUUCAAAGGUAACAUACAUGAAGCCACCAGAUCGAAUAUCUUAGAAGUACUUGAAAGUAAAAAGGAAGAACUUGGUCCUCUUCUUAGUGCUGCCCAUGCUAUCUUCUUAGUGAAGAACAUUAGAAGUAGUAUUGAAGUAGACACAACUGAAGAAAUGCUUGAAACACUUGAAACCUCUUGUAACGAAGGAUUCCCAAUGGCUGCUUUUUCUCUGAGACAAGUCUUUGCUCUAGUGAAACAAGCUGGAUUACCAUUGGAUAUGAUAAGACCAAUCCUUGAUUUGGUUCAAUCUAGCUCUGCAGGUGAGGUAGAAAUCAGCGCUUAUGCUCAGGCAGGAAUCAGACUCACUUUGAGCACUCCCGGAGUCGAUGAAGCUGUUGGUGCAUUCUUGGAAGAUUAA